AUGCAUUUGAUGUGCGAGCGAUUGUCUGCGAUUUUUGCGGGCGUCCUAGUGGGUUUGUGGUACGGUAAGACCUUUUCUGAGGACGAAAAGCCCAAGGAGAAGGGCAAGGAGAAGAAGAAGUAGACCGACCCCCACAGCUUCUUUCUACACUCGCAAGACUGGCAGAAACCAAUUCGAUCUUCUUAGACAGCGACUCCAGUUUCGGUCUAAAUUGAGGCAAAUCCUGUCGAGCUUUUGCAGCCAUGCCCUGUUGUAAGCGUACCGAGGUCCGCAGGGUGUGCCGGCCGAUGCCGUCGCUCCUUGCCAGGCUCAACUGUACGCCGUGCAACCGCGUCCUGUUCUUCGUCAUCGGGGUGGGACUGGGCGUGCUCUUCGUGCGCAACAAGGACGACAAGUCGGGCGGCAAAAAGAAGGACGAAGGCAAGGCCAAGAAGUAGGACUGACCGAUCUGCCAUGCCCGGCGGUAUUAGCAAUCAUCCAAGCCUGGCACUAGCCAAGUGAACCUGGACUCAUCACCCAUGAAGUAACCCAUCCGCUUGCAGCGUUAGCCAGGGAAGACAAAAUGCCAUUCGAUAAGUUUGUCCGCCGAUGAAUGGAAUGGAGAGGAAAUUUCUCAGUCGAUAAAUUUAUCUAAGGAGCAAUUUGUCAAUCGAACAAUUAACUGCUACAUUUAAAACAGGUUUAUUCGAUUGAUCUAUUCUCUAUUAUUCUAUAUUCCUCUGUUCAAAAUGCUAUAAAAUUGGUGCUGUAAAAGA